GUGAACGGCAUCUACACAGCUCUCUGGUCAAUUUCCUUAUCAUGGCCAAUCUUAUCUUCGAAAACCCAGAUGACAUUUCAAGAUCUACUUCAGAUUCACCAACAAUGCACUACACAGUCAAAAUAAAAUCAUUUUCAUUACUUGCAAAGAAUUCAAUGGAAAGAUAUGAAACGGGGGAAUUUGAAUCUGGAGGUUACAAUUGGAAAUUGGUUAUCUACCCCAGUGGAAACAAGGACAAGAAUGUAACCGAGCACAUCUCUCUCUACUUGGCAAUUGAAGCAGCAGAUUUACGCCCUCCUGGUUGGGAAGUGCAUGCAAUUUUCCGGUUUUUCUUGCAUGAUCAGAUCAGGGAUAACUACCUGACUAUUGAAGAUACCCAAAAAGAGGAAAGGCGCUUUCGUGGAAUAAAGCUUGAGUGGGGCUAUGAUAAAGUCAUUCCUCUCAAAACUUUUAAAGAUGCCCGAAAUGGAUAUCUUGUUGAUGACACGUGUGUGUUUGGAGCUGAGGUCUUUGUUAGUAAGCAAAGAAGCAUGGACAAAGGAGAGUGUCUAGAACUAAUAAAGGAGUCCAUUACAAACAAGUUUGUCUUUAGAAUCGAGAACUACUCUAAAUUGACCACAGAUUUUUAUGACUCAAAUUCAUUCAAUGUUGGAAUUUAUAAAUGGAAGAUAUGGCUCGGUCCCAAUGGAGAAGGCAUUGGAUUGGGCAACUAUAAUUCUCUGCAUUUGGCUCUGGCUAAUAAAUCAAGCCUUUCAGCUGGUACGAAAAUUUUUGCGGAAUUCACGAUGCGCAUCCUGGACCAAGUAAAUGGCAGGCAUCCUUCCGCUAAACUUAGCAGGUGGUUUAGUGCCUCAAGCUAUAUGCAUGGUUGGGACCGAUUCAUCUCAAUCGGUUCUUCCAAUCUGACUAACAUGGGUUUACUGGUGAAGGACACGUUCGUGGUGGAAGCAGAGGUCACUAUACUUGCAGUGGUUAAUACGACAUCCUCCCCAAGCUUAGAGUUGGUCUCUAGUACCUCCUGUUGUUAUUCUGUUUAGUUUUG